CGGCGCGGUUCCGCGGGGAGGGGCGGGGCUUCGCCUUCGGCAGCUCUGGGCCUGAGCUACUGGCGCACCGCACUGGGCGAGGGAAGCGGCUCCGGUGGGAUGGAGGCGGGCGGCGUGGCAGACUCUUUCCUUUCCAGUGCCUGUGUGCUCUUCACCCUGGGCAUGUUCUCCACUGGCCUCUCGGACCUCAGGCACAUGCAGAGGACACGGAGCGUGGACAACAUCCAGUUUCUGCCUUUUCUCACCACGGAUGUCAACAACCUGGGCUGGCUGAGUUAUGGAGUCUUGAAGGGAGACGGGACCCUCAUCAUCGUCAAUACUGUGGGCGCUGUGCUUCAGACUUUUUAUAUCCUGGCAUAUCUGCACUACAGCCCUCAGAAGCAUGCUGUGCUCCUCCAGACGGCAACCCUGCUGGCUGUCCUUCUUCUGGGUUAUGGCUACUUUUGGCUUCUGGUGCCAGACCUUGAGGCCCGGCUUCAGCAGCUAGGCCUCUUCUGCAGUGUCUUUACCAUCAGCAUGUACCUCUCUCCACUGGCUGACUUGGCCAAGAUCAUUCAGACUAAAUCAACCCAGCGUCUCUCUUUCUCACUGACCAUCACCACCCUCCUUUCCUCUGCCUCCUGGUCGAUCUAUGGGUUUCGCCUCAGAGACCCAUACAUCACGGUACCCAACCUUCCAGGGAUCUUUACCAGCAUUGUCCGCCUAGGGCUUUUCUGCAAGUAUCCUCCAGAGCAAGACAGGAAAUACCACCUUCUGCAAACCUGACCCCAAGCACCUUAGUGCCAACUUGAUACCAAACAGAGCUCCUGUUUCUGCUGGUCCUUGUGACCAAUUCCAUGGAUGCACUAGGUUGUGAGAAAAAGAUGACUUUGGAAAUAAAGGGAUCAACGAUCUUAGAUCAGAUGGGACCUAUGGGAUAAAAUCACAUUUUCAAAAGAGAUUGUCUUUUCUCAUUUUGGAGGCUGCGGUGGUAUCUGUAGAAUGUGCCUUAAAAUAAACUGUUCCCUGCUCCUGC